UCACGUGGCUUUUUGUUCGUAUCCCAAGAACAAGACCAAGGUGCUGACACACCCUCUUCUCUUUUCUUCCCAAAACCUUACACGGAUCCUCAACCCAUAAAAACACUCCAAUUCCAAUUGAAUUGUCCAAAACACAAGCGAAGUGAAGAGAGAGUGAGUAUCGUUUGAACAAUGGAGUUCAGUUUCGACGAGAAGGACUUCGCGUCGUGCUGCGGAAGCACCAAAUUCGCGAAGGAAAUGGCUUCGGCCUCUCCUUUCCGUUCGUUCCAGGACGCUGUUUCUGUCGCGAAGGGCGUUUGGUUCAACAGCGUUGAUGUCAACGGUUGGCUUCAGGCCUUCUCCGCGCACCCUCAGAUCGGUCAAACCCACGCUCCCUCUGUCGCCUCUGAAGCCAGUGCUCAGGGUAUUAGGAAAUGGAUUCUCUGCAAUAAAAUGUGGAGUAAGGGAGAGCAAUCAACUGCUUUAGCAACUGCUACUGGUUCUAGCUUACAGGAACUAUCUGAAUGGAAUGCUCGAUAUAGGGAAAAGUUUGGGUUUGUAUUUCUCAUUUGUGCAGCUGGGAGAAGUACCGAUGAGAUACUUGCUGAACUGAAGAGACGUUAUACAAACAGGCCAAUUGUUGAAUUUGAGAUUGCUGCUCAGGAGCAAAUGAAAAUUACAGAACUGCGCCUUGCAAAGCUCUUUUCAAGUAGAGAAAACAUUUCUUCUUCAGUUGAUAAAUAUUCCGCUGCUAAAAAGGCAGAAGAAGAUCGUAUAAGCAUUAUUGGUGGUCACGUGACUGCUGCUUCAGAGAUUUCAACAGCAAAAUUGAUUCACCAUCCUGCCAGAACCCGCCCUCCCAUUACCACUCAUGUGUUGGAUGUUUCUCAGGGCUCUCCAGCUGCUGGUAUCGAGGUACUUCUGGAGGUGUGGAGGGGCACUCAGUCUCGACCGACAUUUGGGGCCUCAGGCGGUGGCAGUUGGGUGUUCCAAGGGUCUUCAACGACCGAUUUAGAUGGUCGUAGUGGUCAACUGUUGAGCAUAGUUGAUGAUGUGAAUCCAGGGAUAUACAGGAUAAGUUUCAACACUGGGAAGUACAUCCCAAAUGGUUUCUUUCCUUAUGUGUCUCUAGUGUUUGAAAUCAAGGAGUCACAAAAAAGGGAACAUUUCCAUGUUCCUCUCCUGCUUUCACCAUUCUCAUUCAGCACUUACCGUGGAAGCUAGGAUUAUAGGCACAGUUGCCAAAUGGAUGUCACUGAUAUUUGUGGGUACCUAGCAUGAAUUUCUGAAGAUUUGGUGAAUUGAACUUGUGUUCAUGCCCAUAGAACAUGGUAAAAAGGGUACCAAAUGUACAAAGGUAAUCAGUGUAUUACUGUUUAGUUAAUGCAUGUUACAUAAGUUCUUUUGAAUUAAUAAUCGAGACUUGCAAUAUUUGAGACGUGA